UCAGACUCCACUUCACAGCUGACAGAGCAGGAACAGAAAAACAAGUUCUGACACCUGUUGAAUCUUCAUAUGAUAAAAGAUGGCGACACAUAAAGAAGUCCUUCUGCAGACCUUGGAGGACUUGGGAGGUGAUGACUUCAAAAAAUUCAAGUGGAUACUGUGUCAGAAGGGGGCCAUGGAAGGUUUCCCAUCAAUCCCAACAAGUCGGCUGGAGAACGCAGACAGGCUGGACACAGUCGAUCAAAUGUUCCAGACCUACUCAACCAAUACCGUUAAAGUUACUAAAAUGGCUUUGGUGAAGAUUGACAAAAAUGAUCUGCUGAAAAAUUUGAAAGACAUAACCUCAGAACCCACAGAGAUUCAGAGAUUAUGUCAGCACAAGUUCAAGUCAAAUCUGAAGAAGAGGUUACAGUGUGUGUUUGAGGGGAUUGCUAAAGCAGGAAACAAAACAAUUCUGAAUCAGAUCUACACAGAGCUCUACAUCAUAGAGGGAGGGACUGCAGAGGUCAGUAAUAAACAUGAAGUCACUCAGAUUGAAACAGCAUCCAGGAAACUAGACAGACCAGAAGCAACAAUUAGACAGGAAGCCAUCUUUAGAGCCUCACCUGGAAGAGAUGAACCAAUCAGAACAGUGCUGACAAUGGGAGUGGCUGGCAUUGGGAAAACAGUCUUAGCACACAAGUUCACUCUGGACUGGGCUGAAGGAAAAACAAACCAGGACAUCCAGUUCAUGUUUCCAUUCACUUUCAGAGAGUUGAAUGUGCUGAAAGAGGAAAAGUUCAGCUUGGUGGAACUUGUUCAUCACUUCUUUACUGAAACCAAAGAAGCAGGAAUCUGCAGCUUUGAAGACUUCAAGGUUGUGUUCAUCUUUGAUGGUCUGGAUGAGUGUCGACUUCCUCUGGACUUCAACAAAACUAAAAUCCUGACUGAUGUUACUGAGUCCACCUCAGUGAAUGUGCUACUGACCAACCUCAUCAGGGGGAAAUUGCUUCCCUCUGCUCACCUAUGGAUAACCACAAGACCUGCAGCAGCCAAUCAGAUCCCUUCUGACUGUGUUUGUAUGGUGACAGAGAUCAGAGGGUUUACUGACCCACAAAAGGAGGAGUACUUCAGGAAGAGAUUCAGAGAUAGGGAGCAGGCUGGCAGGAUCAUCUCCCACAUUGAGACAUCACAAAGCCUCCACACAAUGUGCCACAUCCCAGUCUUCUGCUGGAUCACUGCUGCAGUUCUGGAGAAUUUCCUGAAAACCAGUGAGGGUAGAGAUUUACCCAAGACUUUAACUGAUAUGUACAGCCACUUCCUGGUGCUACAAGCCAAAGGGAAGAAGGGCAAGUCUAAUGGCGGAGCUGACAGAGAUUCAUGGUGGAGUCCCGAAAUCAAGAAGAUGAUUGAGUAUCUGGGAAAACUUGCCUUUGAUCAGCUUCAGAAAGGAAACCUGAUCUUCUAUGAAUCAGACCUGACAGAGUGUGGCAUCGAUAUCAGUGAUGCUUCAGUGUACUCAGGAAUGUUCUCACACAUAUUUAAAGAGGAGAGAGGACUGUACCAGGACAAGGUGUUCUUCUUCACCCAUCUGAGUGUUCAGGAGUUUCUGGCUGCUCUUUAUGUCCAUCUGACCUUCAUCAACUCUGGAGUCAACCUGCUUAAAGAAAAAACAUAUCAGUUGUCUAAAGUUUUCAGAAACAAACAUACAGUUAAACAGUUUUACAAGAGUGCUGUGAAGAAGGCCUUACAGAGUCCAAAUGGACACCUGGACUUGUUCCUCCGUUUCCUCCUGGGUCUUUCAAUGCUGAACAAUGAGAGUCCCUCACAAGGCCUGCUGACACAGAUAGGAAGUAUCUCACAGAAUAAUCAGGAAAUAGUCCAGUACAUCAAGAAGAAGAUCAAUGAGAACCUGUCUGCAGAGAAAUGCAUCAAUCUGUUCCACUGUCUGAACGAACUCAGUGAUUGUUCUCUAGUGGAGGAGAUCCAACAGUCCCUGAGAUCAGGAAGUCUCUCCACAAAUAAACUGUCUCCUGCUCAGUGGUCAGCUCUGGUCUUCAUCUUACUGUCAUCAGAAAAAGAUCUGAAUGAGUUUGACCUGAAAAAAUACUCUGACUCAAAUUCAGAGGAGGCUCUUCUGAGGCUGCUUCCAGUUGCCAAAGCCUCCAAGAAAGUGCUGUAG